CUGUAUUUGAUCGAGGUGUAACGGUAUCUCGGUUGCCAGGUGCCAAUAACUACCUAACACUCGACAGUAAUCGUUAACUUUUCACCGAAUAACAAUAAAAGUAUUGUUUAUAGCUCGGAGUGACUGAAUGAAAGUUUUAUAGUCUAAAGAAAGAAUUAACUAUACAUCAAUUGUUUAUUAAAAUCAUAAAAUAUGGAUUAAAGUGAAUAAAUAACACAAUUCGUGUAAAUUAAGAACUUUAUAAAAGAGUUCUAUUCGUGUUAAUUUGUAACUUGGGUUUAACCCAUUAUUCACAGAUUUUCGACAAACAAUUUACAAUAUGUCUGUGAAACCGGCUGUUUUCGACAAUCCGGAACUUUUCGCCGAGAUAUUUCCUGAUGAUGUGGAUAUUAAUGAUAUAUGUGAUUGUGGGCGUCACAAAAGGAAACAGGUUCCAGGUUUUAACGGGAAGAUGGCGCCAAGAACUAAAAGAGAAUUUCCUGACACAGACUACAAAGCUACUUUCAAACCUAAAAAUGCCCGACCCAGAUCUAGUAAAAGACCCCCUCCCUCUCCCCGAGACCCCAAUCCACCACCAAUGACAUUUUCAACCAAUCAGCGUUCAGAAUUCACCAAACCAAAUAAUCCAGAAAGAGUUGAACCAAUCAAAAGAGAGGAGAAGUACGAACCAUCUACAGUGCCACUGGAAUCUCAGACCUUCUAUAAACAGGAAUAUAAACCGAAAGUAGUAUUUCCUGAUAUUCACCAGUUUUCACCGAAACCUGAUGAAAUACGCCUUCCCUCGGCGAAAUUUGACCCCACAACAACCAAUAAAACACAUUAUAAACAGUGGGUCCCGGAACCCAGCAGACCCUUCGCUGAAUUACCAAGUUUUGCUGGUUCGAUUCUGUUUCCAGAAAAAGAACGAUUACCAGAAAGUGUAACUAAACAUACUUAUAUUAAACGCCCUAUUCAACCGACUGAACCGGCUAAACCUGCUGAUAAUAACUUGAAAAUUGAGGGUUCAAUGAUGUUUGACACCACACACGAUAAUACUUACAGAAAAAUACACGGCGACCAUCGUUCAGUUAGAGUUAAACCCUGGACAGAAUUAUCUACUAAUCUGAAAUCUAAAGAUAAAUUCGAAACUUUAACCCAGUUUAGAAGAGAUUUUCCAGGGUUUCUGGGGGGUCAGCCACUUCCUCCCCCACCCAUCAGUCCACUGAAAUCCACUGUUGAUCUGAAGUUUGAUAACAGACGAAGUUUCAGUACCGAACAGAGAUCUAUUUAUAAAGGACAUGAUGUAAAAACAUUCCCCUCGGCUAAAUCUUGUAAAAAAACAGAAGAAGAAUAUCGAGUUCCUAGUGUUGCAUUUGAGACAGAGACAUCACAGAGGCGAGAUUUUAAACCAAUAGACAUCGAGAACGCCUACCCACCGCCAUCUUUUAUUCCUUUUGAGAAACUUCAUACCGACAAAGAUGCCAAAUUUGAUGAUCACACUAUGAGUAAAGAAUUUUUCAAGGAAUGGCCGGUACAAGAGAGGAAACGGUACGGAGAUUUCCAUGAGAACAGGCCCUAUAUUCCUCCCAUGGUGAAAUUUGAAGGUGAAAGUAUCACCAAGUCGACAUACAAACCGAAAGUAGCAGAACCAAUUCAGAAUUAUAAACCAGAGUUUAAAACUAUAGAUAAAUCUGGAAAUAUGGAACUGAAAACCUCUUACACCGAUUCUUACCCUGGUCAUAAAAUUAAAUUAUGUCGUGCUCAGAUUUAUCUUUUACAGCAGGAAUUUAAAAAAUGGCAGACGGAGCAGCAGAAUAACGCCAUCUCAGUUCAUUAG